UGCCGGGACACACAGUGUCCCCAGGACCAGGUGUGCAUCACCCGUGACGGGGCACAGGUGUGUGCCAGGAUGGAAGGCCACUGCCAGGUCACACCUGGAGCCACCAUGACCACCUUCGAUGGUGCCACCGGGCCCCUGCUGGCCAGUGGCACCUACAAGGUGUCAGCCCUCUGCAAUGAGGAGGCCCCAGAUUGGUUCAAGGUGGUGGUGGAGGUCAGCGAGUGUCGUGACACGAAUGUCCCCGCAGCCACGGCUGCCAUCGUCUUUGUCCGCGAGGGCGUUGUCAGCGUCAAUGGCAACAUGGAAGUGUGGGUCAAUGGCCUCUUCACCCGGCCCCCCACCACCAUCUCUGACUCCAUCUCUGUAGCAUCAUCCCCUGAGAAUGUCACCAUCAGCCACCGCUCUGGGAUGUCCAUCGCCAUCACCCGGGAUGGGGAGGCAACCAUCACUGUCACCUCAGGCCUGGCCUCCCGUCUCUGUGCCCCCUGUGGGAAUUUCAACGGAAACCCCAGAGAUGACCUGAAGCUUCCAGACGGACGUGAUGCCCAGAGUGUUGGAGAAGUGGUGGACAUGUGGAAAUCCCGGGAUUUUGCUGGGUGCCACAUCUCCCACCAGACCCGUCAGGAAGUUGAUGCUCCUAUCUAUCCCAUUUGAGGAUCCACCUCAAAUUCCCCAAAACCUGGGAAAAUUCUGGAUUUUGCCUCAAAUCCAUUUUCUCAAAUGGAUUAAAUCUGUGUGGAUCCUAGUGCCUUGUGUGCCAUCCACACCCUGGAACCUAGAAAUAUAUCACAUUCAGGUCAAAAAGAUCCAAAUCCCAGUGUUUUUUUCCCAUAUAAAAAUUAUAUU